AUGUCCGCAAACCUGACAGCAACAAUGAAUGGAACACAAACAUCCAACUGCUUCAACCAUGAAGCUAAAAUAAUCGGAAUGUCCAUCUUUCACUGUCUAAUUUUUGUUGUGUCCCUGAUCGGAAAUAUCACCAUUGGAACUGUUGUUUUCAAGACCAAAUCCAUGCAAAGACCAAUCAAUUUCUUUAUUGUAAACAUGGCUAUGUCAGAUCUGCUGUUUCCGAUUUUCCAGUCUCCGUACAUCGUAAUAAACAUUAACACCGGAUCCUGGUUGAUUGAUGGUCAUCUUGGACAAGCCUUGUGUAAGCUGAGGCCUUUCUUUCCAAAUAUCUCCGGUCUCGUAUCUGUUCAGAGCCUGGUUUUGAUAGCAGUGGAUCGAUUUGGAGCAGUAGUGUUUCCCCUCCGUUCCCCACUCAUCAGUUCAAAGCAGUGUCGAUUCUUUAUUCUCGCCACUUGGAUCAUUGGUACCGUUGUCCAUAUCCCAGACCUGUUGACCUUUAAACUUGUUGAGUCACCAGAACGGUUGUCAUGUGAGCGCAAAUGGAAAGGCACAUUUGGGGAGUCCUUUCCUUUCCGAAAUUACGGAGUGCCAAUGCUCGUAGUAUUCUGGUAUUUCCCUUUGGUUUUGAUUGCCACGCUUUACCUUGCAAUUUUUUUAAAACUUAAAUCCCAGAAUAUUCCAGGCGAGGAAUCAGCCAACGCAAGAGCACAACAUUUGAGGAGAGAGAAAAAUGUGCUGAAGAUGUCCAUUGCCAUCGUGUCAACAUUCGCAGUAUGCUGGAUGCCCGUCACUAUCCGGUGGUUGCUUCUCUUCUAUCCACUAGACAGCACUAUGACAGUGUCUUGUGGCUUCCAACAUUUUGCAGCCGUUGCCGUUUCUCUGGCUCACUUGAACUGUGCCAUUAACCCUGUUAUUUGUCUCAUUUUUAGUGGAAAUUAUCGUCGAAGGCUUAAAAAUCUACUGGGGUGC